AUGGCGAUCAAGUGGCAGCUUUGGAUGCUCUCUCUUAUCAAACAUGCCCUGCUCUUGCUCACAGCCACCUCUCAGACCAUCAAUGGAGAUGACCUCUCAGCACUCCUGUCAUUCAAAUCCCUCAUAAGGAACGAUCCAAGACAGGUGCUGUCCUCUUGGGACUCCAUUGGCAAUGAUACCAACAUGCCAGCACAUGUCUUCUGUCGAUGGACCGGUGUUUCCUGCAACAAUUGCCGGCAUCCAGGUCGUGUAACCACUCUCCGUCUGAGUGGUGCUGGCCUAGUCGGCACCAUCUCCCCUCAGCUCGGCAACCUGACCCUCCUUCGUGUCCUUGAUCUGUCAGCCAACAGCCUCGAUGGUGAUAUCCCAGCCAGCCUAGGUAGUUGUCGAAAGCUUCAUACAUUGAACUUGAGCAGGAACCACCUGUUAGGUUCAAUGCCCGCUGAUCUUGGUCAAUCAUCAAAGCUUGCCAUUUUCGAUGCUGGCUACAACAAUCUUACUGGUAAUGUUCCCAAGUCUUUAUCCAACCUCACAACACUCAUGAAGUUUAUCAUAAAGAGGAACAUCAUCCAUGGCAAAAAUUUGAGUUGGAUGGGUAACCUGACAUCAUUGACACACUUCGUUCUUGACGGGAACCGUUUCACCGGUAACAUCUCUGAAUCUUUUGGUAAAAUGGCUAAUCUUAUUUACUUCAAUGUCAGAGAUAAUCAGUUGGAAGGCCAUGUUCCUCUACCGAUCUUCAAUAUUUCUUGCAUUAGAUUCUUGGAUCUUGGUUUCAACAGACUGUCAGGAUCAAUUCCACUCGAUAUUGGUUUUAAGCUUCCCAGGAUAAAUUAUUUUAGCACAAUUGCUAACCAUUUUGAGGGCAUAAUACCACCGACCUUCUCAAACACAUCUGCUAUUGAAUCCUUGCUUCUUCGUGGAAACAAAUAUCAUGACACGAUUCCUAGGGAAAUUGGCAUCCAUGGUAACCUGAAGUUCUUUGCAUUAGGAGACAAUAUGCUCCAAGCCACACGGCCUAGUGAUUGGGAAUUUUUUACAUCAUUGGCCAAUUGUAGCAGCUUGCAAAUGCUAGAUGUUGGCCAGAACAACCUUGCUGGUGCAAUGCCAAUUAGCAUUGCAAACCUGAGCAAAGAGCUCAAUUGGAUUGACCUAGGCGGCAACCAAAUAAUUGGGACCAUACAUACCGAUUUGUGGAAGCUUAAACUAAUAUUUCUCAACCUGUCAUAUAAUCUCUUAACGGGAACCUUGCCUCCAGAUAUUGGCCGGCUUCCAAGUAUCAAUUAUAUCUAUAUAUCACAUAAUAGAAUCACUGGGCAGAUUCCAGAAUCAUUAGGUAAUAUCUCACAGUUGAGCUCUCUCGAUUUGUCUAAUAAUUUACUAUACGGCAGCGUUCCAGUUAGCCUUGGAAACCUUACAGAACUUCAAAAGUUGGAUCUUUCUGUUAAUGCCUUGACGGGCCAAAUCCCAUAA